UCUCCCUCCAUGCCAACCAACCCUUAAGCACAACAACCAAAGAAAUCGAAAAUGUCCUACUACUUCACCAUUCUCUCCCCGACCGACGUCCCCCUAUUCAAUAUCGCCUUCGGAACCUCCAAAUCAGGCGGCGACGGCAUCGCCCGGUUCCGAUUCCCAGAUACAGCGCAAUAUAUGAACCAAUUCAUCAUUCAUUCGAGUUUGGAUGUUGUCGAGGAAGCGCAGUGGAUGAAUGGGAAUAUGUACUUGAAACACAUCGACACAUAUCCGCCCGCAAGCGCGUACAUAUCUGCUUUCUUAACGCCUUCGGGGGCCCGAUUCCUUCUUCUUCAUCAACCCCCACAAUUACCGUCGAACAGCACCGGUGCGGGAAGCUCGGUUUCAGUGGCGGCGAAUCCGACGUCGCCGCAGACGGAGGAGGCCGUGCGGCAGUUCAUGACGGAGGUGUAUGAGAAUUAUGUCAAGACGGUGAUGAGUCCGUUUUAUAGACAGGGGAUGGAGAUUAAGAGUUCGGUGUUUAGGGGGAGGGUUACGGCUGCGGGGAGGAAGUGGUUAUAA